AUGAAUUCGAUUUUCUCCCUUAGAUUCGUCGUCGACUCAUCUUCGCGUCUCACCAAAUUGCUCACGAACCCAACAACUCACCGGAUUCAUCAUCACCACCAGUCCUUCACUUCGCUCUAUAGACCAAACCAGAGUCGCCAUUUUCGAACCCAUUAUCUUCCUUGGACCGCUCUAAGGAACAACUCCACAAAAUUGGGAAAUCUUGUGGAAUCCGGAGUUGUGUUCUUCGGUUCUCGGUUUCCCAAAAAGGGUCUCGAAAUCGAGGGCUUUUCUGGGUCUCAAAGGCGUGGCUGGAAGGAAUGGCUUCAAGGAUUAUCAGCUAAUGACGUUGUUCUUGGACUAGUUGUAGCUAACACUGGUGUGUUUUUGAUGUGGCAGGUCUUCGACAAACAGUUCAUGAUAAAUAAUUUCAUGAUAUCGUUGGACAAUGUCACUGGUGGACGUAUACACACUCUGAUAACUUCAGCAUUCAGUCAUUUUGAUCUUGGACAUAUCAUCUCAAACAUGAUUGGACUCUACUUCUUUGGGAACAGUAUCGCAAGAAGCUUCAGCCCUCAGUUCCUUUUGAAGCUGUACCUAGCUGGAGCGCUUGGUGGCUCUGUUUUCUACUUGAUUCAUCAUGCUUACAUGGCUGCGACGUCGCCCAAGGGUCAAGGAGCUUUUACAAAGGAUCCAUCAAGAAACCCUGGACUGGUAUGUUUGAAUUCCAUGGCUUUAUCCAGAGAGCAUGGACUUUCCGAGUUAACUCUUGACUUUUUCAUUGGGUGCGAGUGGAGCGGUGAAUGCCAUCAUGCUGCUCGAUAUCUUCCUGUUCCCAACAGCUAUAUAUACUUUGAUUUUGUCAUUCCAGUUCCCGCAAUGUUGCUUGGAGUCUUCUUCAUAGGAAAAGACAUCUUAAGGAUAUUAGAGGGGAACAGUAACAUUUCGGGUUCGGCUCACUUGGGAGGAGCUGCAGUCGCAGCCAUUGCUUGGGCUCGGAUUAGGAGAGGUCGCUUCAGUUACUGA